AAAAGUUGGGGUCCCAGCCAAGCCAGCGGGAGCCCCACAGGUCUGUCUCCACUCGCUCAGUAUCGUCCCCAGCCGGGGACAAGGAGUGUCCCUAUUUCUGUCCCUCCUCCCCAGGGGACAAGGGCACCAGCUCUCCAUCGUGUUUGGCUUCCAGGCCCCAUGGGAGUCCUCUUGGCUUCUGGAGAUCUAGCCAGCUGCAGGCUCCUUCAUUUAGCCUUGGCCAGGUGAUCCGGCCACUUGCCCCCCAUAUGGGUCUUCCUCAAGUACUCGACCUGGCUGCUAACCUCCCCGCUUCGCAGUGAGGAUGCUGGCUAAGCCCCUUGCGGGCCGCUAGUCGGCUGACGCCUUCCCAUCAUCCCCAUGUGCCCAGAAGGCCAGGUGGCAUCUCCCAGGAUGCACUGGGAAAGAAUCACCGAGCAAACUCAGCUGAGUGCAGCACAAAGCAUUGUGGGAUGUGCUCCCCAGAAGCCCUGGCAUUGCAACCCACCUGCAUGGGGGAAGGCAGCACCAGAGGACGUGGUUACUUGGACAGAGCUUGGCAGGGGGGCUGCUCACGCUGGAGCAGACGUACCCUCACUCAUCCUCCACAUCUCUGCCUCUAUAACUAGACAUGGUGGCCUUGGUCUGGAUGGGGGCACUAGAUAAGCUGGGCCAGGGGAGCAUUCCUAAAGGCUUGUGGCAGGCUGAUUAGUGUCAUGGAUUGGAAAACCAGAGGGGACCAUCCAUAGAUCCCUAGAUGGUUGGCCAAAAGUAACCAUGAUGGUUGUCCAGCCUGCCCUUCCUGCGUAGCCCAGGCUGGAGAGCAUCGUCGUGGGACUUUCAUAGAGGAGGGCUCGUUUCCCGUUUUACAGAUGGGAAAACUGAGGUGCCAGGAAGGAGGAGGAGAAUCCCCAGCAGGAGCCACACAGGCCGUGGCAGAGCCCCGAGCAAGGAGAGGCCAACAGGGUGGGACGGCAGAGGGGAGACCUCCGAGGGGUGGAAAAUGGAUUUGGGCUUCUCAAUAGCAUGUCUGUCCCCCAGAGACUGACCAUCUGUGGGCAAUGUGGGAAGAGCUUUAGCCAGUAUUCAGAUCUUAUUAAGCACCAGCGGAUCCACACGGGGGAGAGACCCUACAGCUGCUCCCAGUGCGGGAAGAGCUUCAGCCAGAGUUCCCACCUCACCAAGCACCAGCGGAUCCACACCGGUGAGAGGCCCUACAAAUGCCCUGACUGCGGGAAGGGCUUCAACGACAGCUCCUACCUCCUGCAGCACCGCCGCACCCACACGGGCGAGCGGCCUUACGAAUGCCUAGACUGUGGGAAAAGCUUCGGAGACAAGUCAGGCCUUACCCGCCACCAGAAGGUGCAUCACGGUGAGAGACCCUACAAAUGCCCUGACUGCGGGAAGAGCUUCAGCGACAGCUCCUACCUCAUCCAGCACCAGCGCAUCCACACGGGCGAGCGGCCCUACAAAUGCACCGAGUGCGGGAAGAGCUUCAGCCGGAACUCGCACCUGGUUCAGCACCAGCGGGUCCACACGGGGGAACGCCCCUACAAGUGCGCUGAUUGUGGGAUGAGCUUCAGCCACAGCUCCACCCUGAUUGGGCACCAGAGGACCCACCGUGGCGAUAAGCCCUACAAAUGCCCCCAGUGCAGGAAAAGCUUCCGGCACAAGUCAACCCUGGUGAAGCACCAGCGGACCCACACCGGGGAGCGGCCCUACAGCUGCCCCAAGUGUGGGAAGAGCUUCAGCUGGGGCUCGGCUUUCAUCAAGCACCAGCGCACCCACACGGGGGAGCGACCCUACCAAUGCACCCAGUGUGGGAAGGGCUUUGGGGACAGCUCGGCCCUGAUCCAGCACCAGCGCAUCCACACCGGGGAGCGGCCCUACAAGUGCUCCGAGUGUGGGAAGGGCUUUGGUGACAGCUCCACCCUGAAUCAGCACCAGCGCACCCAUUCGGCAGAGAAACCCUACAAAUGCCCAGAGUGUGGGAGGAGCUUCAUCCUCAGCUCCCACCUUGUCCGGCACCAAAGGGUCCAUGUGGCCUAGAGUCCCCAUGUGAGGACAGUUCUGUUCACUGUUCACAUCUCUUUAGGGACCUUAGAAACCAGGCUUCCUUAGAGACCAGAAACCAGGCCUCUUUAGGGACCAGGCGUCCUUAGAAACCAAGGACCUUGGAGACCUGGGACCAGGCCUCCUUAGAAGCCAGAGACCAGGUCUCUUUAGGGACCAGGCCUCCUUAGAAACCAAGGAUCUUAGAGACCAGAGACCUGACAUAGUUUUUCCUCUGGGGCAAGGGACAGCCCAUUGCGCUAUGGAUGCAGCGUGUGUAUGGGGGGAACGGGGGACGGGAAUGACUGAGGGGCCCAUGGGUGGAAAUUAGUUGAAGUGAGGAAGGAACUGAACGUGGGGGUCCCUUCUGGCCCAGUCAAGAUGGGGCUAUUAGAAAUGCUUAGAGGCCACACGGCAGGGUUCUCACCCUGGGAUCGCUGCCCCAGAAAGGGGGUCGUGGUAACCCUACCCCUUCCUUGUUGCUAAGGGGGGGGAGGGGGUUUCCCGGCUAUAAGGCAGUGGGAUCCUGGUAGGGAAAAGGUGAGAAUCCCCGUAAUAGUGAGGGAGUGAUCUCUGAAGGACUUGGGGGCUUUUGUCUGUGCCUGCUCCUAGGUGGGGUUGGGGGGGACCUGUUCCUUCGUUCCCCUGGAACUCCACAGCUCUGGGCCUCACUCUCUGCUCCUUCCCCUCUCCCAGGGGCUGGGGGGGGGUAUAGGGAGCCAUGGGGAGGGGUGCGUGAGACUGCUGGAAACUGGAGGAGGCUGCUGUCAGAGGCCAGACAGACGUAUGCUCCCAUACGGCUGGGCGGGGGGUGAGGGAGUGCCUGAUCUCCUUCUCCCUGGUGGCGUCUCCAGAGCCUGGCUCCUCUUUCCACGGUGCACAGAGUCCACUGGCACCUGGAGAACAUCCGUUCCUGUGCUUGGUGCAGCUGGCAUCCAGCCAGCCCCACCCUUGGCUCUCGGUUCCCAUCAGGCCCCUGGAUCCCACCCUCCUGCUGUUUUUGGUGAUGACCCAGUCUCCUGUGGUGUUAGUCAAUUGUAUCUGUAGGAAAUAAACUUCCCCACCGGGA